GCGGUUGUCGUUAACAGAUGGCAGGACGAGCUUGCGGCAACAAACUUCCUCGUUCAUUGCUUAUCAACACCGUCGCUUCGACGAGACGCUCGUAUCGUCGAGAGCGAAGCAAGCGGAUAUCGAGUUGUUGCCGCCCGCCUGCUGCGCCGGCCCUAGCUGUCUCUCGAUUAAGAUGAGCCGCGAGAAUUCCAAGAACACCUACAAGCUUCGGGAUCACCCGGAUUUCCCGAAUGAGAUCAAUGUGCAAUUUCGCAAGGAGCUUCGGCCUGAGCUUAUCUGCACCACGUGCAACUGCAUCACACCGGCUGGGCUGAAGGACAGAAAGGGUCACGUGUUCUGCCGAAAGUGCGCCGGCACGCUCACGGACGACACCACUGACCAAUUCACCUGCUACACUUGUGACACGAGUGUUCCCGUAAGCUCGUUGGAAGAUAAUCAUCAAGAAUGGGCACUCUUGGAGGAUAUACCAUCUACUUGCCCCAACGGAAUCAAGGGUUGCGAUUUCAAUGGAAAGUUGCAGGAUGUUCUUAAACAUUACAAGAGGUGUGGCAUGAAAGGAAAAGCGAGGUGCUCUCUCUGCGGCGGUGUGUAUGGAGUGAAAGUGUUAGCCGACCACAUGCAGAACGACUGCCCUAAAAGAUUGGUGGAAUGCACUUUCUGCGGUGAAGACGUUCUCGCCUGCGAAAAACGGAAGCAUGAAACAAACUGUGACCAGCGUCCCGGAACGUGUAAACACUGCGAUAUGGACUUCAAAACUUACGAAGAGCUUGAGCAGUACCAUGAGCCUGUCUGCGAGCUGAAGCCUGUCGAAUGUUCGUUCAAACAGUUGGGCUGUGCCUUCAAGGCAGCAAGGCGAGAGAUGGGUGUCCACGAAGGAGACACCCGAGGCAAUCGCCACAGCGAACUCCUUGUUCGUAAAAUAUGCCACCUGGAACGAGAGAACCAGGACCUUAGGAAAACAUCCCAAGAGCUCUCAAAUACUCUUACAGAAAAGUACGAGGAGAAGAUGCGAGUAAUGGAAAGAAAAAUGGUGGAUCUUCAGCAAUCUGCCAAUGCUGAGAAAGAACUGCGCGCCGACUUGGAACAACAAGUGUUGAAGCUAGAGAAGGAACUUCAGGCACUAACAACGAAACGGAACAUUGAAAAUGGUCAACUUUCCGAACAAAUUGCUGAGACAAAAAAUUCUGUGGAGCGCAUCACCCGCGAUGUACAUCUGGACCCCGUAAAACCAGGCUUCGUGCACAUCUGGAAACUGCAGCCGUACUAUGCCCUGAAAAAUGCAGCCAUGACCUUUUCCGAGGAAAUCUCGUCGGGCACAAUGUACAUCAACACACCGGGUUAUCACGUUGAGUUCACAGUCGGCUUCGGUCGUAAUUCAAUUGUGUCGUCGCCGCACCUGUCGUUUAACUGCCAGAUUUGCCCUGGCCAAUACGACCACAUGCUUUCCUGGCCCUUCAAGAACAAGAUCAUUGUGGUUCUUGUGAACCAGCUAGAAGAACAAGCCCAGCGAUAUUUCGAAAUGCACGCGGCCUCUGCUGAACACGCCGUCGAGUGCUUGAAGAGACCGGAAUCCGAACAACGGAACCCCAAGUUCGGCGUCUCUCAGAUCAUAUCCGUGCCACUACUUGAGAAUGUCAAGAAAGGAUUCCUCUCCCAGAACUGCGUCGUAUUCAAGAUCAUCGUGCCGCCAAUUUAAUUAUUACCUCACCAUAACUACUGAAACGUUCCGUACACCAUUCCAAUAAUUCCGUAUGCUUCCGUAAAAUUUUUACGGAAAUAUAUGGCAAAUAUAUGUAAACAUAUGUAUUCAUUCGAAAAAGACAGGGCGUGCAAACAUGGACACAAGAAAGAAGUCAGGACACCACAAACGCCGUUUGUGGUGUCCUGACUUCCUUCUUGUGUCCGUGUUUGCACGCCCUGUCUUUUUAGAAUGAAUACUUACCAACUAGCUCAGCUCUCUGUUAUUCUAAACAUAUGUACUAUAUUCAAAUAUAUGGAGACAUAUGGACUGCGUAUGGAUUCUGUAAGGAAACAUGAAAUUAUUGGAAUGGCAUACGGUGCGUCUCAAUAGGGAUUAGGGAGUGCAGUACGUUGUGGCAGCGAAUACUAAAAAACUUAGUUCCAUAACACAGGGACCAUAUGGAAACAUAUCGAAUUAUUGGAAUGGCAUACUGAACUUUUCAGUAGGCAUUACGGACUACGCUACGUUGUGACAGCGAAUAUAAAAAAAACAGUUCCUGAGCACCGGGACCAUAUGGGGACAUAUGGCAAGAUAUGGACUCUAUAUAGAAGGGAGUACAAUACGUUGUGACAGUGAAUAUAAAAAAAAAGUUCCUGAACAUAUGGAAUUUCUUCAGUGCUUAGGCGCAAUACAUGUACCUUUGAAGCUACAGUUGAUCUUUCACGUUUUGUCCGAUGGAGCUCCACCUUGAACACUGCAAAUCAAAACCUGCAGGUCCUGUGGCAGUCUACAGUUCUACGCUGAAACAUAGCGAAUCAGUAGUGAGUAAUUUACUGGUGACUGCCACUUACUCUUCUUUUUUUUUGUUCGCGAAGUUUUUAACUUGUUUUCAACAUGUCCUCCCGUUUGUGAGAAAGGCAUCGAAAAUGUAGUCUCGUGUGCCUGGGCAUUGAUGCUGAAUUUGUAAUAAAGUAUUUGC